AUAACCACUGAGCAGGAAGACGACAAAGCACCCGUUGUCUCCGUACACUCAACUGAACACAUCACAGACGAGACACUCACUCCAUUUGACACUUCACUAGUUACCGACACAGCAAAAUUGAUCGAAGAGGAACCUGAGAAGGUUCAGGUCACUCAGAUACGCACGGACACCGGCGACGUCAAAACAGUCAAGGUCUCUAAGCGCGUCAUCAAGAAGAAGCACGGUCCGAAGCAACAAGUAACUGAAAUCACCACGACGCAGCAGGACGACGAGGCUCCAGUCACGACGGUCAGCGUGACCGAAGAACCAGUGCCCGAGCAGGAGGUCACCCCCAUCGAGACUGUAGAGCUACCGGAGGAAACCGCCGUCGAAGAAAUACAAACCCCCGAGGGUAAAAAGGUGGUCAAGAAAACCACAAAGCGCAUCGUGAGGAAGAAGGGCCCGAAACAAGAAACCGUCGAGGUCACAACUACGCAGGAGGACGACAAGGAGCCAGUUACAUCCGUCAACAUUGUCGAAGAAACGCCCACCGAAGACACGCCAGCCGAAGUUGUUGAAUUACCUGAACAAACGACCGUUGAAGAACUCGAAACGCCUGAAGGUAAGACUGUACACAAGAAAAUCACAAAACGCAUUAUCAAAAAGAAGGUAGGCCCCAAGACACAAACAACAGAGAUAACCACUGAGCAGGAAGACGACAAAGCACCCGUUGUCUCCGUACACUCAACUGAACACAUCACAGACGAGACACUCACUCCAUUUGACACUUCACUAGUUACCGACACAGCAAAAUUGAUCGAAGAGGAACCUGAGAAGGUUCAGGUCACUCAGGUACGCACGGACACCGGCGACGUCAAAACAGUCAAGGUCUCUAAGCGCGUCAUCAAGAAGAAGCACGGUCCGAAGCAACAAGUAACUGAAAUCACCACGACGCAGCAGGACGACGAGGCUCCAGUCACGACGGUCAGCGUGACCGAAGAACCAGUGCCCGAGCAGGAGGUCACCCCCAUCGAGACUGUAGAGCUACCGGAGGAAACCGCCGUCGAAGAAAUACAAACCCCCGAGGGUAAAAAGGUGGUCAAGAAAACCACAAAGCGCAUCGUGAGGAAGAAGGGCCCGAAACAAGAAACCGUCGAGGUCACAACUACGCAGGAGGACGACAAGGAGCCAGUUACAUCCGUCAACAUUGUCGAAGAAACGCCCACCGAAGACACGCCAGCCGAAGUUGUUGAAUUACCUGAACAAACGACCGUUGAAGAACUCGAAACGCCUGAAGGUAAGACUGUACACAAGAAAAUCACAAAACGCAUUAUCAAAAAGAAGGUAGGCCCCAAGACACAAACAACAGAGAUAACCACUGAGCAGGAAGACGACAAAGCACCCGUUGUCUCCGUACACUCAACUGAACACAUCACAGACGAGACACUCACUCCAUUUGACACUUCACUAGUUACCGACACAGCAAAAUUGAUCGAAGAGGAACCUGAGAAGGUUCAGGUCACUCAGGUACGCACGGACACCGGCGACGUCAAAACAGUCAAGGUCUCUAAGCGCGUCAUCAAGAAGAAGCACGGUCCGAAGCAACAAGUAACUGAAAUCACCACGACGCAGCAGGACGACGAGGCUCCAGUCACGACGGUCAGCGUGACCGAAGAACCAGUGCCCGAGCAGGAGGUCACCCCCAUCGAGACUGUAGAGCUACCGGAGGAAACCGCCGUCGAAGAAAUACAAACCCCCGAGGGUAAAAAGGUGGUCAAGAAAACCACAAAGCGCAUCGUGAGGAAGAAGGGCCCGAAACAAGAAACCGUCGAGGUCACAACUACGCAGGAGGACGACAAGGAGCCAGUUACAUCCGUCAACAUUGUCGAAGAAACGCCCACCGAAGACACGCCAGCCGAAGUUGUUGAAUUACCUGAACAAACGACCGUUGAAGAACUCGAAACGCCUGAAGGUAAGACUGUACACAAGAAAAUCACAAAACGCAUUAUCAAAAAGAAGGUAGGCCCCAAGACACAAACAACAGAGAUAACCACUGAGCAGGAAGACGACAAAGCACCCGUUGUCUCCGUACACUCAACUGAACACAUCACAGACGAGACACUCACUCCAUUUGACACUUCACUAGUUACCGACACAGCAAAAUUGAUCGAAGAGGAACCUGAGAAGGUUCAGGUCACUCAGGUACGCACGGACACCGGCGACGUCAAAACAGUCAAGGUCUCUAAGCGCGUCAUCAAGAAGAAGCACGGUCCGAAGCAACAAGUAACUGAAAUCACCACGACGCAGCAGGACGACGAGGCUCCAGUCACGACGGUCAGCGUGACCGAAGAACCAGUGCCCGAGCAGGAGGUCACCCCCAUCGAGACUGUAGAGCUACCGGAGGAAACCGCCGUCGAAGAAAUACAAACCCCCGAGGGUAAAAAGGUGGUCAAGAAAACCACAAAGCGCAUCGUGAGGAAGAAGGGCCCGAAACAAGAAACCGUCGAGGUCACAACUACGCAGGAGGACGACAAGGAGCCAGUUACAUCCGUCAACAUUGUCGAAGAAACGCCCACCGAAGACACGCCAGCCGAAGUUGUUGAAUUACCUGAACAAACGACCGUUGAAGAACUCGAAACGCCUGAAGGUAAGACUGUACACAAGAAAAUCACAAAACGCAUUAUCAAAAAGAAGGUAGGCCCCAAGACACAAACAACAGAGAUAACCACUGAGCAGGAAGACGACAAAGCACCCGUUGUCUCCGUACACUCAACUGAACACAUCACAGACGAGACACUCACUCCAUUUGACACUUCACUAGUUACCGACACAGCAAAAUUGAUCGAAGAGGAACCUGAGAAGGUUCAGGUCACUCAGGUACGCACGGACACCGGCGACGUCAAAACAGUCAAGGUCUCUAAGCGCGUCAUCAAGAAGAAGCACGGUCCGAAGCAACAAGUAACUGAAAUCACCACGACGCAGCAGGACGACGAGGCUCCAGUCACGACGGUCAGCGUGACCGAAGAACCAGUGCCCGAGCAGGAGGUCACCCCCAUCGAGACUGUAGAGCUACCGGAGGAAACCGCCGUCGAAGAAAUACAAACCCCCGAGGGUAAAAAGGUGGUCAAGAAAACCACAAAGCGCAUCGUGAGGAAGAAGGGCCCGAAACAAGAAACCGUCGAGGUCACAACUACGCAGGAGGACGACAAGGAGCCAGUUACAUCCGUCAACAUUGUCGAAGAAACGCCCACCGAAGACACGCCAGCCGAAGUUGUUGAAUUACCUGAACAAACGACCGUUGAAGAACUCGAAACGCCUGAAGGUAAGACUGUACACAAGAAAAUCACAAAACGCAUUAUCAAAAGAAGGUAGGCCCCAAGACACAAACCACACACAUCACAACAGAACAGGAAGACGACAAAGCACCUGUCGUCUCCGUACACACAACAGAACACAUCACAGAUGACACACUCACUCCAUUUGACACAUCACUAGUCACCGACACAGCAAAAUUGAUCGAAGAGGAACCUGAGAAGGUUCAGGUCACUCAGGUACGCACGGACACCGGCGACGUCAAAACAGUCAAGGUUUCUAAGCGCGUCAUCAAGAAGAAGCACGGCCCGAAGCAACAAG